CGCCAUUGAUGUUAAUCAAACAUGAACUGCUUCGCUCAAAUGGAGGUUGAGAGAGUCCAAAACACUAGGCUACCGACUUACCCAAACAAACAAAUCCUCAGAGUAGUGAAAUAUUUACAUCAUUCUAAUAUUGCUAUAGAUCAAUGGCAUUCAUUGUUCGAAGCUGGAGCUCCAAAAUCCAACACCAUUCCUGUAUUUUGGACCAUUUCAGAAUGGCUUCGAACUUGGGAGGACCUAUCGAAAGCAAGAUCAGAGAGAAACUCACUAACAAGUUCGUUCCCAUUCAUUUUGAGGUGGUCAAUGAGUCCUACAUGCAUAAUGUUCCCAAGGGUUCCGAAACCCAUUUCAAGGUUAUGAUUGUGAGCGACGUCUUCAAGGAUUUGGCCUUGAUCAAGAGGCACAGACUGGUCAAUGAAACCUUGACUGAGGAAUUGGAAUCUGGCGUUCACGCCCUCUCAAUUGUGGCUAAAACGCCUGAACAGUGGGAAAAUGUGGAUAACAAAACCAUUGAGCCAAGCCCUUCUUGUCGGGGUGGUUUCGGCAAAUGAAUCAAUGUUGACAAAUAAUAUUAGUUAGCUCGCCAAAUGAAAUCCUUACAAACUUUGAA